CGCCGGAGGCGCCUCCUGAGCCGCGGGCCCGGCGCGAUGAAGCGCGGCAGCGACCGCGACUCGAGCCCGCCGGGGGCCGCGGGCGGACGCGCGGCCGCCGCCGCCAAGCGGCCCCGCGACCGCGACCGCGAGAGCAGCAGCCGGCGCGGCCCGCACCGCAGCUCGGGCGCCUCCCGCAGCAGCCGGGACAAGUCCACGCCCGGCGGCGGCGGCGGAGGCGGCGGCGGCACCACCACCAGCAGCAGCGGCGGCGGAGGCGGCUCCAGCUCCCGCAGCCACCGCGGCGAUGAGCGCGCCGGCGGCGGCGGCGACUCCAACCACCGCCCGGCGGGGAGCGGCUCGGCCUCGGGCGCCCGCGGCGGCAGCCAGGCCGCCCCCUCGUCCUCCUCCUCUUCCUCGUCCCGGGCGCUCGGCGUGCCCAAGGCCAAGGCGCUGCCGGGCGCCGUGGUGGCCCCGUCGCUGCUGCUGGCCGGGCCGCCGCCGGGCGCCGCGCCCUCGCUGCUGCUGGCGCCUCUCGGGGGCUCGGCCGGGCUGGCCGGGGAGCCGCCCGGCUCCUGCGAGUACAAGACGCUGCUGGUGAGCGGGCUGAGCGCGGCCCUGCCCGACCAGCUGCUGGAGGACGGACUGUUCCGCCUCUUCCAGCGCUUCGCGGGCGGGGGCGCCGGGGACAUCAGUGUCAAGCUCUCCCACACGCCCGAGCUCGGCCGCGUCGCAUACGUGAACUUCCGACACCCCGGGGAUGCCCGCGACGCCCGCCGGCACGCCCGGGCCCGGCAGCUGCUCCUCUACGACCGGCCGCUCAAGGUGGAGCCCGUGUACUUGCGCGGGGGCCGGCGCAGCCGUACGCCGCCCCCCGCGCCCUCCCCGGAGCCGCUGGGGUACCUGCCGCCCCUGCACAGCGCCUACCAAUACAAGCAGCGCUCGCUGUCGCCGGUCACCAGCCCCUUGCUGCGGGAGCCCCGGCCCCGCCACGCUGCCGCCGCCGCCUUCGCUCUGGAAGCGGCCGCCAUCGGGCUCUCCCGGGAGCGGGAGCGGGCCCUGGAUUACUACGGGCUGUACGACGAGCGCGGCCGCCCUUACAGUUACCCCAUCGUGGCCGAAGAAGACCUGAUGCCGGAGGAUGACCAGAGAGCCACCCGCAACCUCUUCAUCGGCAACCUGGACCACAACGUGUCGGAGGUGGAGCUGAGGCGUGCCUUCGAGAAGUACGGUAUCAUCGAGGAGGUGGUGAUCAAGCGCCCCGCACGCGGCCAGGGCGGUGCCUACGCCUUCCUCAAGUUCCAGAACUUGGACAUGGCACACCGGGCCAAGGUGGCCAUGUCGGGCCGCGUUGUGGGCAGGAACCCCAUCAAAAUCGGCUACGGGAAAGCCAACCCCACCACCCGGCUGUGGGUGGGGGGCCUUGGCCCCAGCACUUCCCUGGCUGCCCUGGCCAGGGAGUUUGACCGCUUUGGCAGCAUCAGGACUAUUGACUACGUGAAGGGCGACAGCUUCGCUUACAUCCAGUACGAGAGCCUGGACGCUGCCCAGGCCGCCUGCGCGCAGAUGAGGGGCUUUCCCUUGGGCGGACCGGAGAGGAGGCUCCGAGUGGAUUUUGCCAAAGCAGAAGAGACGAGAUACCCGCAGCAGUACCAGCCCGCACCGCUCCCCGUGCACUACGAGCUGCUGGCUGACGGGUACAGCCGGCACCGGAGCCUGGAGCAAGACUUGAGGGUGCGGGAUAGGACUCCUCCGCACCUCCUGUACUCGGACAGAGACAGGAGCUUUGUGGAGGCAGACUGGGCCAGCCCUGCCAAAAAUGCUGAACGCAGGAACAACCUGGAGAGCUACAGCCGGUCCGUGCGCAGCCGGAGCGGGGAGCGCUGGGGCAGCGACGGCGACCGCAGUGUGCCCAAACCGUGGGAAGAGAGGCGGAAACGCCGGAGUCUUUCCAGUGACCGCGGAAGGACUACUCACUCGCCUUACGAGGACAGAAGCAGGACAAAGGCCAGUGGGCCAGCUCUAGACCGCAGCCCUGACAGGGCUCGCAAGGAGAAUCACACUACAGACCCCGGAGCCGAGAAAGAGCAGAGUAACUCCCUCCAGAACAAUCGUCACGCGGCCGAGGAGAAACCCCAUCGUGAGCCAGCCGACACUCCCCAGCCCAAAAAAAGGGACAGCGAACGCAAUCAUCGAACUGGUGAAUCGGAAUCAAAAACUCACGAGGAGCCAAAAUCUGAGACCAAAAAGCUAAAGAAUUUAUCAGAAUAUGCUCAGACACUGCAACUUGCUUGGAAUGGGCUUCUUGUGCUAAAAAACAGCUGCUUCCCCACCUCUAUGCACAUCCUGGAGGGAGACCUCGGUGUCAUCAACGGACUCCUCAAAGACCAUUCAUCUGGCGGGAAGUUGACACAGCUCAAAAUCGCUCAGAGACUUCGGCUGGACCAGCCCAAGCUGGAUGAAGUCACCCGGCGCAUCAAACAAGGCAGCCCCAACGGCUACGCCGUGCUCCUGGCCACCCAGUCCGCCCCGGCAGGGGCAGGGGCCGAGGGGACCUUCCCUGUGGUAGAGCCUGGCUUGCAGCGACGGCUUCUCAGGAAUCUGGUCUCCUACUUGAAACAGAAGCAGGCUGCUGGGGUUAUCAGCCUGCCCGUGGGAGGGGCAAAGGGCAGGGACAGCACAGGCAUGCUUUACGCGUUCCCUCCUUGCGAGUUCUCUCAGCAGUACCUCCAGUCAGCACUAAGGACAUUGGGGAAGUUAGAAGAAGAACAUAUGGUGAUAGUUAUAGUCAAAGACACUGCCUAGCCCACACUGUCUUUUCAAAUUCCAUGUUUUCUUUGUGUGUCACACAGCCCAGUUGUUUUUAAGGCUGAUCAUUUUGGUUGAGGCUCAAAACACCUUGACCAAAGUGGUAAGAUUUUUAGUUUCUAAUUAAUUUUAAUACCUAUAAUAUCUAUUAAAAUUUUAAAUAGAGCCCAUUUUAUUCGUUUUUAAUAUGUGACACUGUCCGCUGUUGUUCUGUAUUUUUAUUUUUUAACUGUAUGAAAGUUGUCAGUAAAGCCUUGUUCACUGAUGGAUUUCUAAA